AUGCUCGCCCUCCUCACCCUUGCCCUGGCCGCCGCGGCUCACGCCGCCAACACCACCACGACCCUCGUCCCCGUCCUCCGCGAGGGUUGCAACAAGGCCGACCCGGCCAACCUGGUGCCCGCCAGCAACAUCACCCUCGAGUAUGGCGCCAAGAACGAGAAGCUCGUCUCCGUCUCCCUGGCCAUGAAGUACCCCUCCGUGGUCCUCGAGGAGGUCGCCGCCGUCGCUGCUGUCGACUGCGCCGCGGAGAGCAUCACCGUCACCUUCAACGAGACGGCUGCCUUCGAGCAGACCUCGAGCGACUGGCAGGCCCUGGAUGACUUCGUCAUGGUCACCAACCACGCCGGAAACUGCGACGUCGAGAACGAGCGCGGUUUCUUCGUCGUGGACACCGUCACCUUCGACGCUGCCACCCUGAAGGUCGUCGCCAACGCUCACAAGAGUGACGUUGCCAACACUGCCCUCUCCACGCAAAUCAUCUUCUCCAACGUCCCCGUCACCAACCCCGCCAAGCGUGACAUCUCCUGGGACGACGAGGGCGUCCACAUCACAAACACCCUCGCCCUCCCCGCCGCCACGACCCUCUUCACCGCGGACCCCUACGUCGCCAUCACCGCCGACGAGGCCUCCCUCUCCUCCGCCAUGACUUUCUCCGGCGUCCUCAAGUACUCCAUCAUCCCCCUCAAGGUCGACGAGCUCGCCCUCGACAUCGACACCGUCUUCGACGCCCGCCUCGGUCUCACCGUCGCCGCUACCGCCCCCUACGCCGGCAACUUCACCUACGACCCGGAGGACCUCGCCUACAACUUCGUCGACAUCCCGGGCAUCAUCAAGCUCGGCCCCGCCCUCGGCUUCGCCAUCGGCGUCGAGCUCGAGGCCGACGCCAAGGCCACCGUCACCACCGACCUCGGCCUCUCCUUCCCCGACGCCAAGCUCCACCUCGACCUCGUCAACUCGUCCGCCACCGCCGCCACCGGCUGGGACCCCGUCUGGACCGCCCAGGCCAACAUCUCCGAGAAGGCCGCCGUCGGCGUCAACCCCUACGUCGAGCUCGGCGUCCAGCUCGCCUUCACCAUCCUCGGCGGCGCCAUCGACCUCAGCACCGGCGUCACCUCCCACUCCAAGCUCGUCAACGACUUCACCCUCUCCGCGAGCCAGGGCGCCGGCACUGAGGGUACUGGCAUCGGCACGGACAACACCGCCUGCGCCGAGGGCUUCGCCGUCAAGAGCGACUUCUUCUUUAGCGUCGUCGGCUUCGCCACCCAGUGGUGGUCGCAGGAGCUUUACAGUGUUGAGGUCCCUGUGGCUGAUGAGUGCUACACCUGGUUGUAA